CUGCAUCAGUUUACAAACAUGCAGGUUCUGUUGGUUUGUCGUUGAUGCUUUGGCUAGUUGGAGGAUUUGUAUCAUUGUGUGGGUCAUUGAUGGCGUUAGAGUUUGGCACCGGUAUACCUGUUUCAGGUGGAUUGAAGAAUUAUUUGGAACGCUCAAUACCAAAUAGGCGUCUCCUAGGAACUUGCUUUUACAUUUUCUACUGUACCUUUUUGCAAGUUUCAACAUCUUCUGCGAUAUCAUUCGCCAACUACAUUCUCCUUGCGGCAGGACAGGAAGUCACGACAUGGAAGAUGCGUGGUAUCGCCAUUGCAAGUGUCUCAUUUGCUGUUUUGAUAUUUGCUUUCUUUCCAAGGGCGGCGAUGUAUACAAACAAUGUGUUUGGUGCUAUUAAGAUCAUUAUGCUUUUAUUCGUUAUUUUCACAGGAUUUGCAGCAUUAGGAGGUCACAUUAAGCUUGAGGAAAAACCUGACAAUUUUGACCCUAAAACUUUAUUCCACGGCACAAAAACAAACGCUUACGACAUUUCAACGGCGCUGUUGAACUGUAUCUUCUCAUAUCAAGGAUAUGAUCAGGUAAACGCAAUUCUCUCUGAGGUCAGGAAUCCAGCUAGAACACUCAAAAUUGCCAUGCCAGUAGCAAUGGCGAUUGUUACUACACUGAACAUACUGGCAAAUGUAGCUUACUUUGCUGGUGUGUCAAUUGCUCAGUUUCGUGAUAAUGGCGUAACCGUAGCUGGGUCCCUCUUCCUCAACGUUUUCGGUGACAAAGCCGGAAAUCAAGUUCUACCUGUUCUAGUCGCAUUAUCAGCUUUAGGCCAUCUCAUUUCAAUGUCAAAAUCUAUUUCGGUCGUUUUGCAGGUGCUCGCUAAGGAGGAUGUGCUCAUAUUUAAUGACAUUUUCACAACUAGCAAACCGUUUGGAAGCCCACUGGCCGGUCUUUGUGUUGUGUGGGCGGUAACUGUCAUAUUCGUUUGUGCUCCACCUCCAGGUGACGCAUACGACUUCGUGGUUUCGUUAACUUCGUAUCCCUACACUCUAAUGCUCUUUUUUUGUGCGGUGGGAGCGUUCAAGUUGCGUUAUUUCGAUAAGGACUGGGAUCCGCCGUAUAGAGCUCCAAUCGUUGGACUCAUUUUAUUCAUUCUUGCCUGUCUAUUCUUACUCAUCGCACCCUUCAUCCCCCCUGAAGAAAAUAACUCAAGUCUCCCUUAUUAUUUAUCUUCCGUGGUUUCGUUAUCAAUUACUAUGCUUGGUGUUGUUUGGUACUUUCUCAAAUUCGUUCUUGUACCGUUUCUGUUUCGCUACAAACUUGUUCCUAUCUAUAAAGACCUCACAGAUGGGUCACGGAUGAUACGAUAUAAGCGCAUUAGCAAGGAAUAAUUGUAGAGUUUUGUAAUAUAUUUGUUUAGGCCUGUAUUCAUUGGAUACCUAAAUGAUCAAUAUCUUCCCCUCUAAGAAUAAGUUUACUGGCUAUGGUAUGAAUAAGCAUGACGCUUAUAUAUAUAUAU